AAUUAAUAUGUGACGGAAUUAAGGAAGCAGCAUGAGACGACAUGUGUUUGAUGGAAGACGUUAAUGGAGUCUCGGAUUAAAAAUGAACUUUAUUCCAUUGGAGUUUGUGAGGCCAAUGAGACACUGCCCUGCUGACUGACUUGAUCUGUUUCCUGUUAAAGCCGAGAUCUCGAAGUCACUUCUGGAAAGAAAAUGCAAUGAACCCACAGCAGCCUACUUCACAAUGGAAUAUCGAGUACUGUCAACUCACCAAAAAUGACUUCUUGGCAUUCCCAGACCAUAACACAAUAUCAGGCUGCUUGGGCGAAGACAGGAUGGGCUACUGGGACCUGUAAGGAUGGAGAAGAGAGUGUGUGUGAUCCAAACGGACUUCCACCAAUACCGACCCACCAUCGGACCUCUGGCGCAUAAUCCACCUGGAACUACGAGAACAGCUGUACACCUUGUAGAAGAGAGAGACAGAGAGAGCAAUAGAAGCCAAGCUGACCCUGGAACAGGACCAGACCCGGAUGAACUGGAAUGGGAUGGCUUUAGCACCACAAUGGAGAACAGAAUAGAGCGAGCGACAGCCCAAGUGUCGGAACAACGCUGUUUCCAGCUGGAAAAGACCCAACGUGAGCUGGAGCGACAACUAUCAGGCCUGUCAGACCGUCUGGAGGAGGGGGAGUCUCGCUCAACUCAGCUGUACCGUCACAGAGACAAGCUGGAGGCAGAGUGUAACAGCCUCAGGCAAGACCUGGACCAACUGGAGGGUGCCCUUAACGCAUCUGAGCAGGAUAGACAGCAAGCGAUGGAGGAUCUACAUAGUGAAGAGGAGAAGGUGAACCAGUUAACUGAAGAGAAAACCCAACUACAGAUGCAAAUAGAAGAUCUAGAGUAUGAGCUGGAAAUGGAGCGUUGUCAGCGUGAAGAGCUAGAGAAGAACAACAGGAAGGAGGAGGGUGACAGCGCAAGUACUCAGGACAAUCUGGAAGAAGUGGAGAAAAUAAAGAGUGGUCUGGAAGAGAUCAUCAAAAGGAAGGAUGAAGAGAUAAGCAGCGUCCUCUCCAAUCUCGAAGCUGAAGAAGAACUCAGUAAUGGACUGCAGAAGAAGAGCCGAGAACUGCAGGCCCGCAUUGAGGAGCUGGAAGAGGAGCUUGAAGCUGAGCGAGCCAUCCGAGCGAAGGUGGAGAAGCAGAGAGCAGAUCUAAGCAGAGAACUAGAAGAUCUCACAGAUCGACUGGAGGAAGCAGGAGGGUUCUCCACCUCUCAGAUGGAGGUGAACAGGAAGAGAGAAGCAGAGCUCCAGCGUCUGAGGCGAGACCUGGAGGAGUCAACGGUCCAGUCUGAGACGCUGGCCGCCACGUUGAGAAAGCGUCACGGGGACGUCAUGGCAGAGCUCAGUGAACAGUGUGAGGCUCUGCAGAGGGCCAGGGCCAAGUUGGAAAAAGAGAAGCAAAACCUGAGGAUGGAAGUAGACGACCUCUCCACUUCACUAGACAGUCUGCAGAAAGCCAAGAUGUCCUCAGAUGGCCAGAUGAAGAAAUUGGAAGAGCAGCUCUCUGAGUCUAACCGGAGAGGAGAUGACCUGCAGCGGACUCUCACUGAGCUCACUGUGAUCAAGAACAGACUCACAGCUGACAAUACAGACAUGGGUCGCCGGUCGGAGGAGGCCGAGAGCAGAUCCAGCCAGCUCAGCCGCACCAAGACUCUCCUCCUAUCUCAACUGGAGGAACUGAAGAAGCAGCUGGAGGAGGAGGUCAAAUGUAAGCAGGCAGUCGGCGGAAGUUUGAGCUCAAUGCGGCAGGAGUGUGAGGUGCUCAAGGAGCAGCUGGAGGAGGAGCAGGAGAGCAAGCAGGAGCUGCAGAGGCUCAUCUCCAAGCUCAACAGUGAGGUGACACACUGGAGGACGAAACACGAGGCGGACGCCAUCCAAAAUGCUGACGAGCUGGAGGAAACCAAAAAGAAGCUGGUGUUGAGGCUGCAAGAGGCUGAGGAAGCAGUGGAAGCUACACAGGCUAAGUGCUCCUCUCUGGAGAAAACCAAACAGAGGCUCCAGGGAGAGGUGGAGGAGCUGUGCAUCGACCUGGAGAAGGCUUGUAACUGUGGACAAGCUCUUGAUAAGAAGCAGCGGGUGCUGGAGAAGCAGCUGAGCGACUGGAAACAGAAGUGUGAGGAACUGGUAGCCGAGGUUGAGAACUGCCAGAAGGAGAGUAGACAACAUGCUGACGAGCUUUUUAAAGUCAAGACGGUGCACGAAGAGUCUCUGGAGCAGCUGGAGGCUCUUCGAAGGGAGAACAAGGCUCACAAAGAAGAGAUUAUCGACCUCACAGACCAGCUCUCAGAUGGAGGCAAGAAUGUCCACGAACUGCAGAAAGCAAAGAAGAAGAUUGAGAUGGAAAAAGAGGAGUUACAAGCUUCAUUGGAGGAGUCAGAAGCAGCUUUAGAGGCGGAAGAAACCAAGCUGCUGAGGCUGCAGCUGGAGUUGUCUCAAGUUAAAGGAGAUCUUGAGCGCAGACUUCAAGAGAAAGAAGAAGAGGCUGAAGCUGCUCGAAAAAGCCAUCAGAGGGCGUUGGAGUCCCUACAGGCCACUUUGGAUGUGGAGCUCAAAGGUCGAGCGGAAGGACUGAAGCUCAGAAAGAAACUGGAGGCUGAUCUCGCCGAACUGGAGCUUCAAGUGGAACUACUUACCAAGAGCAACAAUGAGUUCAGCAAGAGCAGCAAAAAGAGUCAGCAGCAGAUCAAGGAUAUGCAGGCUCAGCUGGAGGAGGAGGUGAGGAGCCGCGAGGAGCGCAAGGAGGAGAUGGCGGUCUUAGAGCGACGUUGCGCUCUGCUGGUCAGCGAUAGCGAAGAGACUCGCUCUGCCCUGGAGAGCACAGAGAAGACUCGCAAAGCAUUGGAAGUGGAGCUGCAGGAUGCCAAUGAAAAAUGUAGUGACCUCAACAACCAGUUCCAGUCGGCUCUGAGUGGAAAGAGGAAGCUGGAGGUGGAUCUCCAAACUUUGCUGCAGGAGCACGAGGAGCUCCAAGCAGAGAUGAGAGGAUCCUUAGAAAAGGCCAAGAAGACCAGCUGUGAGUUGGCCAGAGUGGGGGAGGAGUUCCGCCUGGAGCAAGAGCACGUGCUCCAUCUGGAAAGGGUAAAGAAAGGUCUGGAGGGCCAAGUGAAAGAUAUGAGCAGCAGACUGGAUGAGGCUGAGCAGAUGGCUCUGAAAGGUGGCAAGAAGAUCAUCCAGAAGUUGGAGGCGAAGGUGAAGGAGCUGGAACUCGAGCUGGAGUCGGAGCAGAAGCGACACGCUGAGACCGUGAAAACGCUGAGGAAGAACGAGCGGCGCCUCAAGGAGCUUUUAUUCCAGUCCGAGGAGGACCAGAAAAACCAGCAGAGAAUGCAGGAGCUGGUUGAGAGGCUGCAGAACAAGAUGAAGGCCUACAAGAGACAAGUGGAGGAUGCUGAGGAGCAAGCGAACAUGAACUUGGCCAAGUACAGGAAGACGGUCCAUGAGUUGGAUGACGCCGAAGAGAGAGCAGACAUUGCUGAGUCAGCACUCACAAAGAUAAGGACCAAGAACAGAGGAAGCUUCAGCAAAGGAUACUCAUCCGGUUACAGCACACCGUACCCUGGCAUGGCGCGGUCACCCAGCUCCGUGGGCUCGGAGGGUCGAGGCGAGAAGAUCCUCAACGAUGACAAUGAGUCGGUGAGCUCCCUCAUCCCGACUUAUCUCAACUCUCUCAAGAAGCUGAUGAUCGACUAGAUCCAGCCCAGGUUGUCUGACGCCAUUUACAGCGUGAAGUACUCAAGCCUAUCAAGCAUGAAGAGACUUCGAGGGACUGACGUGUUUCUACUUCACAUCUUAACAAAAAUAGCGCUUUCUUCCAGCCGUGGUGUAAAAAAAAAAAAAAGCACACUUUUAUUAAGACUUAAUCUAA